CAGGUAUUUCGGCAUUUAUGUCGACCCAAUGGAACUCUGUGGAGACGGCGAGCAAUGGAAGUGGUGGCGGUGGGAGUGCAUCGGGGGAGAAUAAUAAUGAUGAACUGGGGAAUGAUGCAGAGGGUGUCUGGAGCCCAGAUAUAGAGCAGAGCUUCCAAGAGGCCCUUGCCAUCUAUCCCCCAUGUGGCCGUCGUAAAAUCAUCCUCUCAGAUGAAGGAAAAAUGUAUGGGCGCAAUGAGUUAAUAGCUCGCUAUAUAGAAAUGAGGACAGGGAAGAAGCGAACAAGAAAGCAAGUGUCCAGUCACAUCCAAGUUCUGGCGCGAAGGAAAGGAAAAGAACUCCAAACAAUAUUGAAGGACCAGGCUGCCAAAGACAAAGCCCUACAAAGCAUGGCAGCCAUGUCAUCGGCUCAGAUCGUAUCAGCCAGUGCUAUACAUAACAAAGCUGUAGCUCAGGGUCUUGCUGGUAUAGGGGGAGGAUCUAUAGGACCUACAGGGCAGCAGUUCUGGCAGCCAGGAUUAAGACCUCAAGAAGAUGUAAAGCCAUCAUUUGGUAGUCCAGUUGGCUAUGGAUUAGAGAAACCACCAGGGGAGAGCCAAGGCCCACCAUGGCAGGGCCGCUCCAUUGCUGGACCUAAACUGAGGCUAGUUGAAUUUGCUGCCUUUUUAGAGCAACAACAAGAGCCAGAAUCUGUUAAUCAGUACAACAAACACUUAUUUGUACAUAUAGGGAAUACUGCUAAUUAUGCCGACCCCCUCUUAGAGGCUGUAGAUAUCAGGCAAAUAUACGACAAGUUCCCAGAAAAGAAAGGAGGACUUCAAGAACUCUACGAUAAAGGACCAAUUUCCUCUUUUUUUCUUGUCAAAUUUUGGGCUGAUCUGAAUACAAACGUCCAGGAUGAGACUGGUGCUUUUUAUGGUGUUACAAGUCAGUACGAAAGCACAGAGAAUAUGACUAUACAGUGCUCUACAAAAGUCUGCUCCUUCGGAAAACAAGUCGUCGAAAAAGUAGAAACAGAAUAUCCUCGUUACGAAAAUGGGAGAUUUGUGUACAGGAUACACCGUUCACCGAUGUGUGAAUAUAUGAUAAACUUUAUACACAAACUAAAGCACUUACCGGAGAAAUAUAUGAUGAAUAGUGUUCUGGAAAACUUUACAAUAUUACAAGUUGUUACGAAUCGUGAUACACAAGACACUCUGCUAUGCAUUGCCUAUGUAUUUGAGGUAUCUACCAGUCAACUAGGGGCACAACAUCAUAUUUAUAGACUGGUCAAAGACUAGUAACAUCGCACAUACUGACUGAAUAUAUAUAUAUACAUACACACAUGUAGACCAGUCUUGCUUGUUUAUUCAGGUAGCUGGCGAUCUUAGUAAUAUGAGCUAGUCUGGAUCAGAUCGCAAUAUGGCGUUUAUCAAGCAAUCGCAACGGAGAGUGGGAAAUGUGAAGUCAUCUGUAUAGAAGUAUUAAACAUCGCACUCAGAAAUGGCUUGUUUCAUGCACAUCUCUGACAUCACUUCCUGUGUAUGUCAUGCUCAUUUUAAGGUCACAGUGGGAAUGGUUGACUUUAUUGAGUCAUACCAUCGGAAAGUCUAGCUUCGUGGGAGUCAGAGUUUUGCCAAAUUUAAUCAUGGUAAACUGAUAAGACUUGCUAUGUUCUUAAUAGCAUUCAAUGAGCAUUAACUUGGUCUGGGAUUAAAGAUAUUUUGUACAUAAAGAUCAUGAAAAGUCUACUUACUAGCAGGCUGGUGUAGUGCACUGGGUUGAGAAUUGUGGAUAGGAUCGCUGUCCUUUGUAAAAAGGACAUGGAUUAAUAAAUAAUGUAACAUAAAAUAAACAGGAGAUUUUAUGGCAAGGAUAGAUAUUUUCCAGUCUGAUUACUUAAGCAAUACUAACGACAAUGGAUUAUAUUAGGAGGUAUAGUAUACUUAGCUAAUCUGGUGUUCUUAUCUGAUUAAUCGAUAUUUCUAAUUAUUAUCCCACUGUCAUGUUUCCUAUUUUGUGAUUGGUUGAAUGCAGGUCACAUGGCAUGAACUAUUCUGUGAUAUUUCCCCCAGAUCAUAUCAUGACCAAAAACCGUCCAAAAAAAUCAAUGUAUAAAAUUAGAAUUUCGCAUCUUAUUUGAGAAAAAUCAGUGUGAUCACUAAUGGGUGAUAACAAGUCCUACACCAGAAUAGUUGAGUAUGUUAUAUUUGAAACUGCUGCUUGAAUCAAACCAGAUAUUCUACUUUAAUAUUGUCAAAUAUCAAAAGUCUCUUCUAGUUUAUGCUUGAUAUUUAGUCAAUUCUAGUUUAUGCACAUGCUUCUAAGGAGUCUUGAAAUUAUCCCGAGGAAGCGUAGUGUAAAUAUUUAUGUAAAAAUUGUACAAUAAUCCACCAUUUUUAAAGUCUCAAUAAUUCUUAAUUUUCGCACCAAGGCCAGGAAUAUUAGUUAAGUCCACAGACAGCCUUUAUUUGUGGACUUUGUCUAAUUUGGUGUUCGUGCAUAAAGGAUCCUAUGGAAUUUAGAAAUGGUGGAUUAGACAGAAUUUUAGUCUCUGGGUUUAAAGAAUCGCACGAUACAGAAAUGUUUGUUAAUGGAUACUGAGUUUUUUCUUCUGUUUAUAGAUUAGUUUUUGACUUGUUAUUAUUUUGAGAGAUGACAUAUAAUAGCAAUAUCUAACUUUUUUAUUAUAUUAAUGUUAAGCGUACAUCACACAGCGCAC